AAACAAUCCACCCUGACACACUCAUAAUGGCUUCUACCCAUAGACACUGCAAAGUACUAGUUCCAUACUGUGAAAAUACUCCACUACAUGGCCUCAGCCACCAGCCUCCCGUGUGAAGAGCAGCUCCUGUGUUCAAUCUGUCUGGGUGUGUUCUCUGAGCCUGUCUCCACCCCGUGUGGACACAACUACUGCAAGGCUUGUAUCACAGGGUACUGGGCCAGCAGCGACCUGGCACAGUGUCCCCUCUGCAAGAAGGAUUUCCGAGACAGGCCGCAGCUUCAUGUCAACACAGGGUUCAGAGACAUGGUGGAGCAUUUCAGCAGCAUGAGGGUGAGGGGUGAAGAUGGCAUCCUUGCCAAACCAGGGGAGGUGCCCUGUGACGUCUGCCUCGGGCCGAAGCUCAAGGCCCAGAAGACGUGCCUGGUGUGCUUGGCCUCGUACUGCCAGCACCACCUGGCGCCUCACCAGAGGGUCGCAGGCCUGAAGAAACACCGGCUGAUCGACCCCGUGUCAAACCUGGAGGACUGGGUGUGUAAGAAGCACGACAAGAUGCUAGACCUCUUCUGUCAGGUCGACGGGAUGUGUGUUUGCUUCAUGUGCUUGAAGGACGACCACGCAACGCAUCAUGCCGUCCCGUUAGAGCAUGAGUUCAGAGAGCGGAAAGCCCGGCUGGCCAGUGCGACAUCAGAGAUAAAAAUGAUGGAAAAGACCAAAUCCAAGAGUAUUAAGGAAACAAAACGCUUGGCUAAACAGAGCAAGAAGGAGUCAGAAAAAGAGAUUGCAGCCAUUGUUGAGGUCUUUGCCACGCUUGUGGUCUCUCUGCGAAGAAGCCAGGCUGAGCUGGUCGAGGUGAUCCGGGAGAAGCAGCGAGCAGCUGGGAAGCAGGCCGAAGAUCACGUGACACAGCUGGAGCAAGAAGUCGCUGAGUUGAGGAGGAAAAGAUCCCAAAUGGAGCAGCUUUUACAGGCCGAGGACCACCUCCGCCUCCUGCAGAGCUCUCCGUCUCUCUGCUCUCCUGAGGGCACUGGGGAUCUGUUCGACCCUCUGUCCAGCUCCACCCCUCCAUUUACGUCAGACCUCUCUGACAUCAGUCCACAGAGUUAUAUGGGCCUGGUGAAGAAAGCGGUGGCUCAGAUGGAGAAGACACUCAGCAAUGAGAUGGAGAUGCUCACCCAUGAGGUCAGGUUGUCUGAUGGCUGUGAGGCCGUCGUGCAGCCUGAAGCAGCCGAGAGGCUAAUGACAGACGAGUUUAUUAAAGAAGGGUGGUGUCCUCCUCAGGACAAGCUGAUGAUGAUCCAGCAGUGCCAUGCAGUGGAUGUGACUAUGGAUGCCUACACAGCCAACUCCAGACUCGUGGUGUCCACGGAUGGGAAGCAACUGAGAUCUGGCGGAGGCCGUCUGUUUUUUCACGCUUUGUUCGGGAGGAGAUUCAUACAUGAACCCUUCGUCCUUGGGAAAGAUGGUUUUUCCUCGGGCAGGUUCUACUAUGAGGUUCAGGUCAGUGGGAGUAAAAACUGUGUCUUGGGGGUGGUCAAAGAGUCCGUUAGCAUGGAGAUGCAUGGCUGUCCUACCCCUGAGGACGGAGCCUGGACGUUUGUUAAAUGGUUCAACUACAACUCUCCCCUGAACCCGAAGCUCCAGACGGUUGGUGUGUUUGUCGACUAUGAGGAGGGAGAGGUCUCCUUCUAUGACGUGGAUGCCAGGACUCUGAUCUACUCCUACACAGGAUGCACCUUCAGUGAGACCAUGCCAGCGCUGCAGGCCUUCCUCUUUUCUGUGACUGGCACUUCCUUGAGCAGCAGACCAAAGCUCUACCCUUUUUUUGGUAUCUACGGAGAUGAUUCUCACGACAAGCUCGUAAUCACAUCUGUGGCCCGCACAACUUAAGGAUUCACACACAUCAGAGGAAACUAUCGUGUAGCUUCUCAUUUCAGAUUUCUCUUUUCAUACUUGUCAUUGUUCGAAUUUGGGCACACACAUUAUGGGGAUAUGUAGUGCAGUAUAAUAUAUUUCUUGGAAAAAGGAAAUUAAAAUCAUCAAUCAUUGUAAACUCUAUAUUUUCAAUUUUAAUGCUUCUGUUUUUCCGUCCAUAUUGCAAAAAAAGUCAGGACCAGGACAGGAAGUCAUAUAGUUACAUGCAUCGGCAGUACCUAAAUCUGUCCAGGAGAUGGCACCAUUGUUUAACCAGUGUCUGGUCUGGUCCCAGAACCAGUACUGUAGGAGGAAACAAGGGGGUGAGCAAUGGUGUCAUAGAGACCCAAUUUCAUCUUAGCACUUUCAAAAAUGAUUAUGGUGCAUUGGUUUUAGAGCUGAAACAAUUUAUCAAUGUAUCGAUUAGUCAAUCAGUUGAAUAUGAAACAGAAUAUUUUUGCCAAUAAAUUGUCAAUUUUUUUCAUGCAAAAAUGCCAAAACAUCACUUGUUCCAGCUUUGCAAAUGUGAAUAUUUGCAGACUUUCUCAGGCUUAUAUAAUACCAAGCUAAAUAUAUUUUGGUUUUGAAAUGCUGGUCCAGCAAAACAAGUAAAUUAAAUUAGUAAAUUUGCACCUUACGAAAUUGCGAUGGACAUUUUUCAAUACUUUCUGUCACCAAAUAAUCAGCAGUUUAAUCAAGAAUGUUGUAAUGUUUAGUCACAGCUGUAAUGCGUUUAAUACUGGGCUCAAGGUUUGGCUCACGUAGUCUGUGGGGAUGCGUGAAAUUUGCAUUUGACAUGACUGGACACCUCCUUUUCUGACCUUAUGCUAAGCAUCAAUAAUCUUUUCAUCAGUAGCUUCUCUGAAUAUUUGUGCACAAUUCUGAACAUACAGUAUAAUAUGUGUCAUUUGAUGUUCUGAUCAUUUUUUGUGAAGCCCAUUGAGUCCAUUUUUUUGAAUGUCAAGCCAUCUAUCCAGCAUGCUUGGCCAAAAGGUACAAGCUUCAAAAGCAGGUGUUUGUUAUGUAUUGUGUGCACUAUGCAACUGAUAUGUAUUAUCCUGCUGAAUA